AUGUUAUUCACCUCACUCCAUUUGGCCUUCGUUGCUAUUUUAUUAGUUGGAGCUAUUGCUGCUCCGACCGAUGAGCUUACUCCAGGUCCAGUGGUACUCGCAAAACGAGCUACUUGUACUCCAGCAACCAUGGGAGAUGAUCAACUGGAUGAUACUCCUGCCAUUAUUGCGGCUAUAGCCUCCUGUGGCAGCGGAGGCACGAUUGUCAUUCCAGCAGGCACGACUUACAGUCUUCGAACUAUGCUCACGUUCUCUGGAUGCGUCAACUGCGAUUUCCAACUGGAAGGUACUCUCAAAGCUUCCGACGACACCACUUACUGGGCAACUGUCCCGACUUUCGCCAGACCGACUGCAAUCUAUAUCAACGGUGGCUCGGACAUCACUAUAACUGGACUCACGGUUAAGAAUGUUCCCAAUGUGUUCUUUGGCCAGAAAGGAGGUGUCACCAAUGUCAACUAUGCAAGCCUCACCAUGACUGCGGCUUCAAAAUCCACGAACUUGCCCAAGAAUACGGACGGCUUUGAUAUCGGCGAGAGCACUUACACGACCAUCAAAAGCGUCUACGUCAGCAACCAGGACGAUUGCGUUGCAUUUAAAUCCGGCUGCAACUAUGUGACUGUAGAUGGAAUCACCUGUGCAGGUACCAACCAUGGCCUCAGCGUUGGCUCCUUAGGUAAGACGAACGCGGACUGGGUCAAGAAUGUAUACGUGACAGGCGCAACCAUGAUCAAUUGCAGCAAGGCAGCAGGUAUCAAAGUGUACCCCGGUGGCUCAACCCACGGGACCUCCACCGUUUCGAACGUUACUUGGGAUGGAGUCACUGUCAGUGGCUGCGACUAUGGUGCCCAAAUUCAAAGCUGCUACGGAUCUACUGCAGCUGAGUGCACUGCAGACCCCAGCGCAGCAAGCUUGACAGGCAUUUACUUCAAGAAUUUCCAAGGCACCACCAACACCAAGUAUGAACCGGCGGUUUCAAAUCUUGACUGUCCUCCUGCUGGAACUUGUGAUCUCUACUUUGCGAGCUGGGCAGUGGUUCCGCCAGCUGGGACAGCUGAAAAUCUCUGUGCAAACAUUGAUUAUAGCCAAGGGAUUACAUGUACCGCUGGUGCUUCUGGCUAA